GGGGCGGCGGCUCCGGCCCCUUCUUAACCCGCCGGCCCCGGCCCGGCCCCGGCCCAGCCCCGCGCCGCCUCCGGAGUCCGGACACUCGGCUGUUUAUAGUGAAACUCACCUGUUCCUGAUGGCAGACCAGGAAGACGUCACCUACGAGGAGGAGGAGGAGGAAGAGGAGGAAGUGGUAGAGGAGGAGGAAGAGGCAGCUGAGGAGGGGCCCCAAGAACCGGAGCCCCCCAAGCCGGCUCCUCCGGCCCGACCGCCAGCCAACGUCCCACCCCUCCGACGCAAAUCUUCCGCCAACUACCGGGCCUACGCAACGGAGCCGCACAUGAAGAAAAAAUCCAAGAUUACGGCAUCUCGGAAAUUACAGCUCAAGACGCUGAUGCUGCAGAUCGCGAAGCAGGAGCUGGAGCAGGAGGAGGAGGAGCGGGGCCGGGAGAAGCAGCGGUACCUGGCUGAGCACUGCACCCCGCUCGCCCUGGCCAGCCUGCCCCUUGCUGAGCUGCAGGAGCUGUGCCGGGAGCUGCACGCCCGCGUGGACCGUGUGGACGAGGAGCGCUACGACAUGCAGGUUCGGGUCAGCAAGAACAUCAAUGAGAUCGAGGAUCUGAACCAGAAGAUCUUCGACCUGCGGGGCAAGUUCAAGCGCCCGGCGCUGCGGCGGGUCCGGCUGUCAGCCGACGCCAUGAUGCAGGCGCUGCUGGGCUCCAAGCACAAGGUCUCCAUGGACCUGCGCGCCAACCUCAAGCAGGUCAAGAAGGACGAUGCGGAGAAGGAGAACCGGGAAGUGGGCGACUGGCGCAAGAACAUCGAUGCCCUGAGUGGCAUGGAGGGGAGGAAGAAGAAAUUCGAGACCUCGGGGGCUGGGCAGGCCUGAGUAGGAGCAGAGAAUUGCCGAUGUGGGGGGGGCGGGAACAAGAGGAUGGACCCCAGAGAACUGCCCCCCCCCCGAGCCCCACCCUGAUUCUACCACUCCCCAUUCCUUUCCCCCAAGGUCUCCCCUGGCCACAGCACCCCGCAGUGUCACCCCUCGGCUUUCAAUCCUUCCCCCGCACCGCCAAUAAAGCAUCUCUGAGUGUCA